CCACCACGCUCAUCGCACACACCGCAGCCGGCAUCAUGAGCAACCUCUGCUGAACAGGCUCGCGCUACUCAUCCCACACAGGACUGCUGGUCGCGUCCCAGCCUCCUCGUCCAGCAUGGCGGGACUUGCUGAGCGAGAGGGAGGCGUACACCAUCACCACAAAGACGCUUACUCAGAGGAGAACCCGAUCCCUUCCAUUCAACGCUUCCUCACCAGGGGUUUCAGCUCCGUCAAGGCUCAAGGCAGGCAUAGCGAAGAAGAGGUGGACAGUGAGGAUUAUAGCGACGAAGACGCAAAGCAGUCCCCCAAAUCGCCUUCGGCGCGUAAAUCCAAAACAGGUCACAAAGACGAGGCAGUGCAUGACGAUGACCGUCCUCCAGAGGAGCGGGCCAAGGACAAGCCAGGAAAGCGGAGAGGAACAGCUGAGCAUGUCACAGAUCCCAUCACAGAGCGGAAUGUCAAGGUGCGCGAUGUGAGGAAGAAAGAUUUCGCAAGAGCUAUGAACAAUGAGGAGGAAAGGGAAGCUGGGAGAAUGACUGCGGAAGAAGGCUACAAGACCCGUAACGCUGCAGCAGAGCCGUUUCCUCCUCUCGAGCCGAUGCCUACCUCUUUCUGGCAGAUACAUCCGGUAUUACUCCCGCUCUGGCUGUGCUGGGCCGGGGCCCUCAUCCUCUUGGCCCGGUCCUUCUUGGGCACCAUCCUCGUCUUGUCCAAUGCUCUCAUAGGCUACUGGGCCUUCCGACAUGUCAGACUCGGCGCCGACGAUAGACGCUGGGCGCGCGAAGUCAAGCGAGGAGAAGACUUUCGGAGUCCUCAUCAGAACGGCAAGAGCGUAGAGGAAGCAUCCUCGCCCUCGUCGGGAGAAAAGGAAGGCGCUGAAUGGCUCAAUAUGAUAUUGCAGGGACUCUGGGAGGUCAUCGACCCAGCCAUCUUUGACACCAUGGCCGGCACAUUAGAAGACGUAAUGCAGGCUUCUGCGCCUAGCUUUAUCCAUGGUAUCAAGGUGAGCGAAGUUGCUCAUGGCAAGACUCCGGUCCGCUUUGCUGGAAUCAAGAUACUGCCCGAUAGGGAGGCGGAGCAUGUGGUACCAAAAUCAGACGGCAAGGACUCGAAGGACGCUGGUACCUUCUCAGGCACUCACAUCAAUCUCGAGAUGUCAGUAAUCUAUCACGCUUCUUCAACGGCUAGGAUCUCAACCUCCUUCCACAACAAUGCGAGACUAAUGAUGUCGUUCUGGCUGGGCAUCAAGAAAGUGGCGACAGUGCCUCUCCCGGUCUGGGUUGAGAUUUUGGGUUUCGUCGGGACUGCCAGGGCUCGUUUGCAGCUCACCCCGGAGGCGCCCUUCGUAAAGAAUGUGACCUUCACAUUCAUGGGGCUGCCGAGAGUUCACGUCGAGGUCGUUCCAAUGCGGAUCAAUCUCUCCAAUAUCCCGCUUCUGUCCGGCUUCGUACAAAGCUCAAUAGAUGCUGCGCUUGCAGAGUAUUGUGCUCCGUCCAGUCUCACCAUGGAUCUUGGUGAGAUCUUGAUGGGAGACUCGAUCAAGCGGGAAGUCAAUGCUUUGGGUGUCAUCGUAGUGUGGAUUCAUUCUGCCUCUGACCUGGAGAAGCAAGAUCGAAACGGUUCAUCUGACCCGUACAUCACCAUCAGCUACUCUCGUCUGGGUAAAAUUAGCUACGCGACAAGGGUGGCGCUCGAUGAUCUCAAUCCCAUCUGGGAGGAGAGACAUGUAAUGCUGCUCAACGCUGAGGCCAUCAGAGCCAAGGAAAGGCUCUCGCUCGCAUUGUACGACAGUGAUCGCCUGACCGCAGAUGAUAUCCUGGGGCGAAUCGAAGUCGACCUGCUUCCACUUCUCCGGCACCCUGGAAAGGUGUUCAGGAGGAAUGACUCAUUGAUGGGUCUGAGCAACGAGCACAAGAAGCAGGGCCAGCUGUCGUGGUCUAUUGCCUUCUUUCGCAAGAUCGCCAAUGAAACAGAGGCCGCGACAAGAAACCUGGCUGGAGAGGGAGGUGAACCUUCCAGCCACGAUAGUGAGGGAGGCGCCGAAGAACCAGCACCAUCUGGGCAGGAGAAGGAGGAGAUGAACGACGACCCUCUCGGAGCUAUUGACGAUGACACCUCGCCAACGGAGAUUUUGCAAAAGCUCGACGCAGCCGAGUCCGCAAAGCAGACCCGCAAUCAACAUUCGAAGGCCGAGAUCCACGCCCCCGUGGACUCUCUGCCCAGCGGAGUGCUUUCUAUACAGGUCCACAACAUCCUCGAUCUCAGCUAUGCCGACUCACAGCAGCGCAACAAGACGCGCGGCUCAUCUUCAGCGUCUGGUGGCCAGGCUGGCUCGUCUGGGCAGCUCAUCGACGAGGUAGAAGACGGGAAUGAGCAGCCGGACGCUCCCAGUCCCUAUCUGUCGAUCGUGGUCAACGAUCAGACGGCUAUGAUCUCAAGGAUAAAGGCCCUAUCGCAUGCACCUUUCUUCAACAUUGGGACCGAGCGCUUCAUUCGAGACUGGCGACGGUGCAGUCUGAUGAUCGUUGUGAGGGACAGGCGCUUGCGGGAAUCAGAUCCCAUCCUCGGUAUCAUCGCCCUCGAUCUCAAGGAGCUCUUCACGGAAAGGAACACUUCGCAGGUCACGCAGUACUUCCCCAUGGGGGGCGGCAUCGGACACGGCUCAGUGAGAAUCUCUGUCUUGUUCCGCCCGGUGGAGGGAAUGCACCAAGGCAAAGAAAGCCUUGGCUUUGACAUUGGGACGAUGAGGAUACGUUCUGCCCCCACGGCUGUCGAGCUUGUGGACAGCACGCUCAAUCGUGCCUCAGUACACGUUCGCACCCUGGUCGGCCAGGUCAAGAUAUCCUCCAGACGUGCCCACAGCAGUGGUGAAGGAGACAUCGAGUGGCCUUUGCCUUCCUCGGAGCCAUACCUAAGGAUACCCGCUCGGCGAAGGUACUGCGCGCCGUUCCUCUUCGAAUUCCGCAAGUUGAAUGCUCUCGGGCGAAAGCCGAUUGUAGCUGCGGCCGGCAUGUGGAUGCAGGACUUGCCAGACGACGAGGAGAUUCACCUCUCCUUGCCCAUCUUCAAGGGUGCACCAGACCUGCAUCGCUUUCUCCAGAACUACCACGACUAUCGUCGUCCAGCAGAAGAAGUCGAAGAGGCAUUUUCAGUCAAGAAGAUUGGAGUAUUAAAGGUGUCUGUUCAAUUCAAGAGCGGCAUCGGUAAAGCACAUCGCAACGUCAAGGGUCACCCCGAUUCCGUCGCCGUGUACGAAGCAUGGGAAGCCUGCGUCGCUGCUGGAUUGAGGUCGGCACAGGGCGACUUCACGGCACACGAGAUCGGAAGUGCAGUGAAUGUCAAUGAUGGAGACCUUAACAGCUCGGGAGAGUCAGAAGACGAAGGCAUCUCUCACGAGAGCAGGGAAGCGGCAGAAGCUCGCAGCUUCGAAGAGCUUUCAGGUAGCGAAGACGACGAGGAGACGGCAGGAAGGGGACACUCCUCCGGAGAAGAAGACGGGGAUGGUGAGAGAGAUGGCACGACCAUGGGUGGCAAGUUCAGGGCUUGGCGCGAGGAGACAAAGGAGCGACACAGACUACAUCAAGGGGUCAAAUCGCACAAGGUUGCUCGGACGGCCUCGUGGCUGGUACAUUCGGCUCAUGAAGGAGGUCACAGGAUCAAGACGUCGCUGAAGGUGUCUGAACGAGGGAAGCAUCAGGUUGAUACGGAGAUGUAGCUGCACGAAGGGGGGCAACAGAGAUCGUGGAGGAGACACAGCAGUGAGCAACGGAUCUGCAUGUAGUAUAGCGCACAGCAUCAUUUAUCCAGCGACAGGGACCAGCAUGACUUUCAUGACUGUGGCCCAAGGAAUAGCAACAAUCAGCCUAUCUGCACAGC